AUGAGCGUCGACCGACCGGAUUUCGACCGUCUCAGCACCUUGAAGCGGAAUGGUCAGUUCAUGCUUGGUAAUUAAGAUUUGAGCCAGCUGAAAGAAGAGAAAAAAAUGAACAAUUUCAUUAUUUAUAUGCCAUCAGAUGGAUAAUGUUAUUAGCCACAUAAUGGGUCUUUAGUUCUAACCAAUUUGCUUUCCUGAAAUAAAAAUGAAAAUUUCAGAUCUUGAAGGGCGCAAGGCGUUUUUUUAAUUAUAAAGAUUUUUUUGAAGUCGUCAGCGUUGAGAGAAAUUUCGAAAUCUUAAAUUUCUAACUAAAAAUUCGAAACCUAGUUUCGAAGCUGGAGAAAGGCUCAAAUUUUCGCCGUUUCAGAUUUUUUUCAUUUCGGAUUGAAUGAAAGUUUUUUUAAAAUGGAGGAAAAAUUUUUCUUUCAAUUUGAGGAACUGAGAAUACCGAAACAAUAUUUGGUUGGUAAGGAAUUUCAUAAGAAAAAGAGGUUGAAAAAUGACGCUGGUAUCUCUGAGCUAUUGUAAAGCUUUUUAUGGACAGCUUGUCUUAUUUUUUCGUAUAUUUUUCCAAAAAAAGGAACAAUCAAGUAACCACUUGACUCAAAAAAAUUUCAAAAAAAUUAUUGGGGUGAGAAAAAAAUUUCUUUUGUAAUAAAAAAACUUCUAGGUGAGUUUUUUUAAUCCUGUACUUUUCAUGUUUUUUUUAUUCUGCGAAAUUUUGAUAAUUGAGAACCCCUUCAGUUCACAAAUUCCCUAAUUCUCUCAAAACUCAGACUUUGAAAGUCCGAGCGAGCAGAAAUUGAAUUCAUCUCCGGCCUGAAACAAUGAGGAACUACAAAGAAGUGAGAGACUUGCAGAAAUUGACAACUUCUUGAAUCCGUCUCAGUCACGCGAAUGAAGUUCCGCAAAAAGGAAGGAAAAAAACUGAACGCACUUAUAAUCGCUCGAAAAACCCAAAACGUUUCCCCUUUGUUUCCAGGAAGAUUCGGGACGCUUGAUGUAGUUGAAAGAAGGGGAAGAGCAAAAGAUGAAUAAUCGUUUUUUUUUGGAGUUUCGAAGCCAGAGCUACGCAGUGAUAGAGAUUACUAGUUGAAAAAGCGACUAAAGUUAUUUUGGUCGUGUUUUUUUUUAGCUUGUCAGAUCUGAAUUAAUUGGUCUUUUCUAAUUUAUUCCAGCUUUCGCACAAUUUUUACGGCAAAACUCAAAAAAAAACUUAAACCAGAAGUUGUGAAAUUCAUUCUUUUUCAAAAAAUUGGUAAUACGGUCAUGAGGUAGUCUCAAAUCUUAAAAAUUAUUGAAAUUUAUCUUUCAAAAAAACCCGUUUAAAAAUAAGAAAAUAAUUGAAAAACCAAGAUUGACGGGGUACAGUUUGAAAAAGAAUUAUCAGGAAGUAUAUUGAACCUUUUUAAAAAAAUUUUUUUGAAUUUUUCAUAGUUCUGUCUAACUGAAAUUUGUGUAUGCUUCAAAUUUUUGACCGCAGAAACUUUGAUUCGAAAAAUUUUUUUCAACCCUUUUUUUUCUGCAUGAUAAGUAUAAAUUUAAUUUUUAAAUAUGUAAUAGCUUGUAAUGUUUAAUGGAGUUGGAAUAGGUUAUGGGUUUUGGAAAAAAAAAAUAAGACGGAUAGCACAAAAUUAAACGAAGCUACCAUAGUUAGCACUCCUAAACCGGACGAAUAAUCAAUUUCUCAAACUAAAAAAAUAUGAGAAUUUCUCAUCAGCAUGCGAUUAGAAAAAAUUAUUUUUAUUCACGGUUUUGACUAAAAUAUUAAGGUUUUUUUUAACUUCACAUGACUUUUUCUUCAGAGUCUCAUAAAAUUUUUGACUUUUCUCAGAAGGUUUUCGGCUGAAAAAAAACUUGAAUACAGCCUUGAAAAGAAUGCAGUUCUUGAUUCAUGUUCAUUCAAACUUUUUCGUAAAAUCAUCAAGUACCGAGGGAAGUUUGCAAGGGAAAAAUCAAACCAUGCUUUUUUUAUAUUUUCGAAUUUACAGGUCUUAUUAGCACAUGAAUCUUUGAUUUAGUUUAUUUUUUUCAAAUUAGAAAAAGACACAUAAUAGAAAAAUUUCGUUAGUUUAUUCAAAAAAAUUUAGGUCCUUUUUGUAAGAAAUUUCGAAGUUAAUUUCAAAGUUUUGUACACAAUUAAAUAUUUCAGUGAUUAAACUAAAAUUUGUAAUAUCUAUUAAUUAUUCCGAACUAAUCAGCUCGAUUUGAUGAUUUUUGGUCCCUUCCUACUCAAAAACUUUCAAGUAAGAUUUUCUCGAAGAAACUGGCAAAAAAAGAGAGCAAUAAGAAAUGAUCCCCGCGGCCAUUGCCCCAUAAAUCUGCAUCAUUCGCGGACGAGACUCGGCGAUUGCAGGAUUCGCGAGCGACCGCGACGCCUCCUCCUCCAGAGACGCGACGCGUGCAAGGCCGGCCCCCUCGUCGCGCUGCACUAGCGCAUUCGCCAUGAACUCCGGCGGCACCAUCGAGGACCAGAUCCGACAAGUCGACAAAGUCAUCAAGGUUUGUCCUUCUUUCAACUUUCCUUGAGAUUCUUCACUAUUAUUUUUCCUUUCUUUAAAGAAGCCAAUCUUAAAAAAAUUAUUUUCAUUUUAUUUGAUUUCGAAACCAUCAAAAAAAACUUCUGUUGUCUUCAUUCAUCUCAAUGAAACCUGAUGAUCUUUCGCCAUUUUCAAUAGAUCCCACAAAAACCUUCCGAAGAGACCUAUGAAUAGCUAAAAAGUGCAGGUGGCCUCGGCCUCAAACUUAUUCGAACAGAAAACCUGAUGAAGCAAAUUAAGUUUGCCGAAAAACUUCAUGGGAACUUCUGAUUUGAAUCGAAAGCUGAUUUUCAGCCCCAUCCGCUAUUUUUAGAAUGGUUACGGAAGUGGCUCAAAGUAUCGAAUUUCGAGCGUAUUUUUUUAGUUUUCACGUGAAUGAAGUUGAAAUUGAGCUUCUACUCACUUUAUAUUGUGUUUAAUUUUCACAAAACAUUUCUGUCAAGAAGCGAGAAAAAGUUACAAGAAUGAAAAAUGAAGUCGAUUUUUGAGCUUUAAAAAAACAAAAUAGUUUUUUUCUUCAAAUGAAGGAAAAACUGUUCCGAAUAAACUUGAUAAUGUUUUCAGUUUUCAAAUGAUAACUCUCCUGCAUAAUCAAGCAAAAAACCACAAAGCAUAAAAAUCCAACUUCUUUUUGAUUUCGCUCACAAAUCGAAUUUCGAAUUUUUCAAAUAAAAUUCUUCAACCAAACCCAAAUCGAGAAUGCAUUCCGGAGGAAUUUCUCAAUUGAGCAAUCAAAAAACAGCUUCGAAACCCUCUCGGCCAAUCCUUCAACAUGUUUUUCGGCCAAAAAUUACGCCACCAACACUCGAGUUGAAGCCUUGAAAUUGAUUGAUUCCUUUUGCUUUGGGACGGCAUCUUUUUUGAAAACGCGAACAAAAUAAAAGAGAAAAAGAAACCAAAAAAAACGAGCAUCUGGGGGGUGUAAGUGUCACUUCUGACGAGUUUUCGUUUUUUUUCUAACAAGUCGCUCACUUUUUUUUGGUUCAGUAUUUGAAUCACCUUUUCGGAAAAAUAUAUGGGAGGCUCGGUUUUAUUUCGAUGCUCCAGCUCUUGAAGAGAUAUUUUUGAGUGAAAUUCGAGAAUAAACGAGGCUUUUUCACACAAUCGGCGGUUCUAAGUGGUUCCUAUUGAAAAACAGAAAUGUUGAGAAAAAUACGUAUUGUGUAUAGUUUUUUCUGGCUACUGGACAUGUGAAUGAUAGAACUGAACUUUUAGAGAAAAAAGGAAAAAUGGCGUAGAAUUCCGUCCCCCUGGGCCUUAGGUGAAUAAUGUUGCGCGCAAUCUUCCUUCACUUAGAUGGCCGAGCGGAUUCUUUGAACCUUUUGCUCCGCGGAUAUUCAGCUUUUCCCAUGGAAUCUCUGAUGAAUCCCAGAACUUUGGUCGAAAAUUUCCGAAUGUUUGGGCUUUUGUCGGGCGGGUAAGCUGGGUCGCUUUUGAAGGAGGAUUUUUUUGAUUGAGCGCGGAAAAAAGAGAAAAAAGCCACGCAGCAGUUUCUGGUCUUUGAAAAGAAAAUUUAAAAGAUCUAUGAAAGUUCACUUUUCUGAGAGAGUGAGCCUGAGAAAGUUGAGCCGGGAGAAAAAAGAAAGAGGUCAGGAAAUAAGAUCGAAAAAGUCGACGUGAAAGCUUCAAUUGUGAAUUCUUGUGAUUUGUUUCAAACAUGUGUUCACGCAAAACAGCCCACAAUGUUCAAACUUCGAAAAAAUUUUACACUCGAUUUCCGGCGUUUUUGUUCGCAGAGAACUAACUUGAAAAAAUUUUCAGCUUCGGACUUUGAAGAUGGAAUUUUCGAUACUAUUUCGAUAAUUUCUCAUAUUUUUUUGUUUUUGAUGCUUAGCUUCCUAUAGUUCAAAAAUAGUACAAGUACAAAGCCUGAACUUUAAAAACUCGAAUAUUCUUUUUUUUUCUUAUAAUCAUAUUCUCACGAGGUUUUUGAGCAUUUGAGCUGGAUACUUCAACGUUUUCCAACAAAAGAGUUUGAAAAACGAAACAAACUUUUUUAAAUUUUUCACUCUAUUUUAUUAGUUUUCUGCUGAAAAUGGGCUUUUUUCCAAGUCUUUAGAAUGAUAACUGCUAGGAUAAAAGACCAAAAAGUUCAAAAAUACGCUUCUUUUUAAUAUACACUGGAAGGAAAAAAACAGAAAAAAGUUCAAAGCAGACUCAUUCUCUCAGACUAAAUUGUUUGGUCGAUGUGUAUAAACUCCCCGUUUUUCCGGCUAAACAAUGGAAUUUCAUCCAAUCUUUGAAAAUUUCGAGAAGUCUCAAAGAGAAAAAAUCUCAUGGUCAUCGAAUGCUCUGAAACUUUUUCGAGUUGAGAAAAAAAGAAGAAAAAGCGUCUGACGUAGAGUUUCUCAUUUAUCUUGAUCCUAAAUCUGUCACGUUGGGCUGUGCACCAAGUUUAGGAUGAGACUGAACUCAAUGCAUUUUCUUUCUUAGUUUCGUCUUUUCCGGUGAAACAUUUUCGGAACGAAUUCAAAAAAACUCAAUUUAUCAAUUAAUUUUCAGAAAAUUUACUACAAGGUUACUUUUUUUCAAAAGCUAACAGCCGCUUCUUUUUUCUAGAAAAUUUUGAAAUUUGUUUUAUUUUGGAGUGGCUCCUCCAUCUUUUUCUUCCACAUUCUCAAGUUUUUUUGGGCUGUUUUUUUUCUCGCUCUGCCUAUUUCAUGCAGCUCUCGAGCAAAGAAAAAAACUUGCGAAGAUGAAAACUUCAAUCGGAAGCAAUUAUUUUUCAUAUUAUUCUCGACGCUUUGGAGCGGAAAAUUGUGAAACUUACUCGUUUCUGCCAAUUUCUGGGGGAAGAGAGGCCAUUUUUUCACUGGCUAAGUAAACAUGGAGAAAAAUCAGGCGAUAUGAAAAAUUUUGAGUGAAAUGAUUUUUCUUUUUUCGAAAAAAAGCAAACUUGAGUGUGUCAAUCGAAUCAAGCAAAAACAUAGAAAAAUUAUUUUUUUAAGUUAGUAAUGGCUUGAUUUUAACAAUUUAAAACCGUUUUCGAUGGAAUUUCAUGCCAUUCCGAACUUCUGCAUGACUUUCCUGUUUCAGAAAAUUUUUUCAAAAAUUUUUUGUUUUUUGCAAACAGGUUUAGAAAAAGGUUUUGAAAAUAACUAAAUUUCGUUUUUUGACUUUUUUGAUUUCUAUUUCUUGAAUCGUCUGUUUUUUUUUUGAGUUUGCCGUCUAGUCCUUUCCAAUUGAACAUGGAAGUGCAACUUGUCAACUUUCAUCAACGGAACCAACUCAUUCGUGCUUCAUCAAACAUUCAUCUCUUGUUUCACCCGACUUCAUACCCUUUUCCUCGAAAAAAUAUUUCAAGACGACAAAGAGCACCGCAAAAAGUUAAUUUUGUCUAGAAGCAUUUGUUUGCAACUAAUUAUUCGGUGCUCCCCACGGAGGCGGUGUCUCGAAUUUCAAGCAACGGCCAUAAACGUCUGCGGGACCUAUUCUUUUCCAUAUUUUAUUCCGAGCAAAUCGAGCAACAAAGCGAAAAAAAAGGAGGAUUGGCACGUGGCGGCGCUUCACUCCUCGCAAACCGAAUUCCGAUGUUUUCAGUGGAAAAAGGGGUUUCCUAGCGUAGACUGAAACUUGAUAAAGGGACGGUGGUGAGAACUCAAUUGACCUUUUUCAAAGAUUAGUUCUAGGAUUUUCCAACUUAUUGAGACUUUUGAAAUUUACUUAAAUGAUAAAAUUAACUUUUUUCUUCAAUGAGAUCAAUUUUCUUUGAUUAUAUUAACAUCCUAAAUAAUGAAAAAUUGGUGAAAUAAAACAAUUCGCAAAGAAUUUUGGGCAAAAAGCAGGCAGUAAAAAAACUUGAUAAAAUUGAUUCUGAAAUCUUAUGUAUUGUGCUCUAUUGAUAAUAAGUUUCUAUUCUACUCUAAAAAAACUUUGAAGUUAACUUUUUUUAUUUAAAGACUGCAAUUUUACUGACCUAUUUUUCAUUCUCACAAAUUUUGAAUUGUUAUCAAUUUUUCUGCAUCUCUUCGUUUUGAGAGCUUUCUAGAUUCGUUGAGUAGAGAGCGAAAUCUUUCAAAAAAGCUAUUUCUGACGACUGAAGCUCAAAAAUUCGCAGUAUCCUCCCCAAAACAAUCUAAAAUUUCAACAAUCCCAAAAAAUAAACAACUUGACAAACUCUCAGUGGAGAUUUUCAUAGUCUCUCAAGCUCAAAAAACCCUUAUUUGCCUUUUUUCAAAACCUAUACUGAUGCUUUUUCUUAGUCAAAUAAAACUACUCUCCAAAUGGAUUCUUCGAAUUUUGGCCUCAAAAACACUUCUCAACACAGCGGAAAUCAACUUGAGGCUAUGGAAAACUAACAAAGAAAUUCGGCCAGAAGGCGUUAGAUUCUGGCCGGCUGGCCGGAAAUUCAACCUUUUUUCGAGUCUUGCUUUGAAUAUUGAGUGGCUCCAGCCAACAAAAGAUGCUUGGUUUCAUGCUUUCGCUGUGAAAUUUCCUCGUUUCGAAGAGGGAAACUUUUCAAAAUCAACUUGGGCUCUGAAAGUCAGUCAUUUUCUGUGGAUAAAUAAGAUGAUUUUAUGUAUUUAUGAAAAUCUUUUUUGAAAGAAACAAGAUACAAAUUACAUCUCUUACAAUGACAAAAAAUGAAGUUAGGUGAGAGAUUCUUGUUUUCAAAGCGUGCAACGCGGUCGCGUAGCGUUUUACAAUAAGUAUCUUUUUUCGGCUUCAACUUACGCAGCUUUUCAGCUUUUGGGAUUUGUCAGUUAUUAAAAAUGUAAUCUUGAGCUUUUUCGAAUUAAGGUUCCUGGACUUCUAAAACCUUGAAAAAAUUUGAAAAAAAUCUUCAACUAUUGCUUCGAUCCACUACGCAGUCAUGUAGGGAUCACACAAUGUUAAUUGAACGCUUUUAUCAAAAAGAUAUAAGAACAAUAUUCACCAUCUAUUCGCAUUAUCACAUCUUUUUCACGUACCCAAAACGUAGUAACUUUUUGCAAAUUCAAAAAAUUCGAUUUUUUCGGAGCUUCCAAAAUUUAGUUAUAACUCCUGAGGAGCGGUUUCUUUUGAGGGUUGCGCAGUGAAGAUAAACAAAAUAUGAAAAAUGGUCUCAUGUGAUCUAUUUGGCCUAAAUGAUGUUACAAAAACAAAUUUUUUUCCUUUUCUUGGCGGCAGAUAAUCUAUCUUCCCGUUGCUGUUUUUCUGGAUCCCCUGAAGCGAUAUACUUCAGCCGACGGGUUCCUCUCAACCGAAAGAUGGAAAAAAGAAGCCAUCAAGCCAUGAAACAUGUGCCUUUCGAGGUGUCCAAAUAUGACUGGCGGCGGCUGUGGCGAGAGAAGAGCACCAAAAAAGUCGCGGAAGCGGCGCGAGUCCUAACGAAGCGAAGAGAAGCGCGUUCUAAACGAAUUUGGUCCGCUCUUAUGUCAAGGAGUCGUCAGUUCUCGACGACACGGCCUUUUUCCGCUCGCAGGGGAACCUGAGAGCAUUCUGACAUCACUUUUAUGCUCCACUCCAACUUUAUGGCCGUUCUCGAGAUCCAGCAAGCAUCAAAUUUCCUUGUCUAGGAAGUUAUGGGAGUACAGGAGUAAGAAAUGGAGGAAGUGGUAACGAAAAAUGGGAUCUUGAAGCUGAAGUUUCCGCCUUACAAGGGGAAUUUUCCCUCCUCCUCUUAGAGCUAAAAUCUACCAUUGGUUUGCGAUCAUUUGAUCACAGUCUUUAAAACAGAAAAAAAUACCACAGAUUUAUUUGUCAUAAUUUCGUCCCACGAUAGCGAAUUGUAGGUCAUAGAUUUCCUAUAACGGCUUUGGUAUCCUUCGUGGACUUUUCCAACUUAUAAUAAGCAGAGACAUCAAGUUCUUCUGCCGACAAAGCUAUUAUGAAGCAGGAAAAAAAAAUUAAAAGUCCGAUGAGGAAAUAAGUAAUUCUCCAUGAAAUAAACUCCUCUCCUCCCUCUGAAACUGCCUCGUUUUUGUUUACUUCAUGGACAUUAUUGAGUUCUAGCCAGCAUGAACAUCAAAUUUCCUCGCAAAUGAAGUUAGGAAAGUACAGCUGAGAAAAAAGUUAAAAGGUCAAAAUGUUGACUCGAAAUCGACUUUGAAGAAAAAAGAAACUAAGUUUCGUGUUUUAAACUGAAGCCGGAACUGAAAUCAUCUGUUCGAAGACAAACUCAAAUUAUGAGAUGGAAUGAGUCCUAAAAUAAAUUUUGUUCAAGUUUUGUCCGUUUUGUCAACUUUUCGGGGGUUUGAAACUGUGAAGUGUCCUCAGUUGGAUUGAACAAAAAUUUCGUAGUUUGCAGAAAAAUCUCCUUCUUUUUUUCAGAUUUAAAACCUUACAAAAAAAUAUCAUUUCCUUUGGGAUCAUGUUUAAAUUCAACCGCCAAAAUAGUGAAAUACUAGAAGUGAAUUCGAAAAAAAAAACUCAAAAGUUUUCUUUUUUGUCUUCAUACAAACAAAGUUACCUGUUCGAAGAAAAAAACUAUCUCGAGCGAUUUCCAAUAACUUUGAAAGUUCAAUUUUUCCUUUUUCAUUUGCGCUGAAAGUUCAAGCCAGCUACUGGCAUCAAAUUUCCCGUUCUUUUAUGGGAUUCAAAAAGUGCAGAUGCUAAAAAAAGGAAAAAAAUUAAACACAAAAAAAUAAGAGAAAAAUCAAACUUUUUUUCCUGAAAAACGUCGGAAAUUCAUGAGCUAAGGUUUUUAAGAUACUCUAAUAGAGAGACUUUUUUUGGAACUUUGUUGAAACUAUUAAGCUCGAAAAAGAGAAAAAAUUCGCAAAAAAGUCGAGCUGAAAUUGAACUUGAAUAAAAAUGAAAUGAAGUAAAGCUGUUAACUUUUUGACUUUUUACUUAAUUAUUCAUUUUGAAAUGAAAUGAGUUCGGAAGUUUGAAAAAUAAAAAAAUUUUGAGAGCAGUUUAUGGGAAAUUCUGCAAUCAUCUCAUUCCGCAUAAUUGCUAAUUUUUUUCCCAGAAUUUUGCAAUUUAUUUUUUUAUUCAGGAAUGCGACACAUCCCGCAAAGGCCUCGAACAAGUCAGUCGCAGAUUGGACGAUUUGAAUGACGUAAGUUCAUUUUUUUUUUUUCGAUGAAAAAUUCAAAAAACGAAUAUUGCAGGAGGUGAAAAGAUAUCGCGAUUUCCUCGGCUAUGAAAAAGCGCGACGUGAUCCGGCUCUUUACAAAACCAACAACGCGGAACGGCUCAGCGUCCAUAACGACUCGAUUUGUGGCACUCUUGGCAGUUUGACCUCGCAGUUGUCGGUUGUGAGUUUUGAGUUUAGGAAUUUCCCGACACGAAAAACGAUGAAAUAAAGUUUUUAAUGUUGGAACGCGAAGGAAAAAAUCAUAAUAAAAAGCCCACAAAAAUCCUCGAAAAGUCAAAUUUCUAGUUUCAGCGACAAAAACAGCUAUUUUUGAGUGUAGUCAAAAAUGCGACUGAAAACUGAUCAAGAAAAUCAUCGACUAGAAGUUUAGGUUAACGUUGAAGCAAAAUAUUCUGAAACACAGCUCUGUCAAAAAAUAUUUAAAGGAGCGCUUUAUCAAUCGCAACUUUCUUGUAUGGAAUUCAAUCUUCUGGAAACUCUCUGAAGUUAUGAUAAAUGUCGUUCUCGUCCCUCUUGUGGAAUUUCAGUUUGCAGGAAAAAAAAUGCAGUUUCCUAGUGUUUCCAAAAAGCUCCAUACAAAGUGGUUGAGAGCAAGAAAACAUUUUUUGCACGAAACCUGUUGAAAAAAAAAGAACCUUGAAUAUUUUUCUGGAAUUAUAAAGGAAAUCAUUCAGGAGUGGGGCGAGAAACUCCGCUCGAUCUACGCCAGCAUGGGCUCUCCGCCGCCUUCAACGCCAGGAUCUCGUGGCUCAGACCGUAAUUAA